AGGAGACGUGAGAGCACAAACUUUCUUCUUCACAGUAGAAGGUGUGUGUGAGCUGAUGUGGAUCCACUGAAUCCAGCAGCAUGGAUCCGUGUGAGGACACACAGGAGGGAGCCCCUCCCUCGAAGAAAAGAAGAAUUGUUGAAGAUGAAAGCCUGCGGAACCAACCUGGACCUGGAGAUGAGCCCAGCUGUGUGCCCUUAAAGAGUGAAAGAUCAGAGGAUGUUAAUCUUGGCUUCAAAGACAUCAGACCAGGAGAGAAACAAUUGGAGAACUGCAGUUCCUCAGAAAUCAGCUGUGAAUCCCUGAGCUCAGGCCCGAAGUCCAACAUGUCCAACCUGACAGAACUGGGCCUGAGCUUUAACAACCUGCAGGAAUCAGGAGUUCUUCAUCUGUGUGACUUUAUGAAGAGUCCAGACUGUGGACUUCAGACUCUGAGGUUGAAGAAUUGCAAGUGGUCAGAGAUCAGCUGUGAAGCUCUGGGCACACCUCUAAAAUCCAACCUCUUCACUCUGACGGACCUGGACCCGAGCUUCAACAACCUGCAGGAUUCAGGAUUCCUUUAUCUUUGUGGUUUUCUGGAGAGUCCAGACUGCAUAUUGCAGUCUCUAAGAUUGAAGAAAUGUCAUUUGUCAGAGGCCAGCUGUGAAGCUCUGGGCUCAGCUCUGAGGUCUCACCCAUCCAAUCUGACAGAAUUGGACUUGAGUGAAAACAGCCUUCAGGAUUCAGGAUUUCUUCAUCUGUGUGGUUUUCUGGAAAGUCCAGACUGCAGACUGCAGAUUCUGAGGUUGAAUAACUGCAGUUUGUCAGAGAUUAGCUGUAAAGCUCUAGGCUCAGCUCUGACAUCCAACAGAUCCAAUCUGACAGAACUAGACUUGAGCUGGAACAAUAACAUCCAGGACUCAGGAUUUCUCCAUCUGUGUAGUUUUCUGGAGAGGCCAGACUGCAGACUACAAACUCUGAGAGUGAAGAAAUGUCAUUUGUCAAAGGUCAGUUGUGAAGCUCUGAGCUCAGCUCUGAAGUCCAACCCAUCCAAUCUGAGAGAACUGGAUCUGAGUGAAAACAACCUGCAAGAUUCAGGAUUUCUUCAUCUGUGUAGUUUUCUGGAGAGUCCAGACUGCAGACUGCAGACUUUGAGGUUGAAGAAUUGCAGAUUGACAGAGAUCAGCUGUGAAGCUCUGGGCUCAGCAUUGAAGUCCAAUCCAUCCAAUUUGACUGAACUGGACCUGAGCUUAAACUACAACCUACAGGACUCAGGAUUUCUUCAUCUUUGUGGUUUUUUGGAGAGUUCAGACUGCAGACUGCAGACUUUGAGGCUGGAGAACUGCAGUUUGUCAGAGAUCAGCUGUGAAGUUCUUGGCUUAGUUCUGAAGUCCGACCCAUCUCAUCUGACAGAACUGGACCUGAGCUGGAAUGACCUGCAGGGUUCAGCAUUUCUUCAUCUGUGUAGUUUUCUGAAGAGUCCAGACUGCAGACUGCAGACUCUGAGGUUGGAGCACUGCAGACUGUCAAAGAUCAGCUGUGAUGCUUUGGUGUCAGCUCUGAAGUUCAACCCAUCCCACCUGACAGAGCUGAACCUGAGAUACAACAGCCUGCAGGAUUCAGAUGUUCAUCAGCUUCAGGAUCUGGUGGAGAGUCCAAAUUUCAAACUGCAGACGCUCAGCUGGAUUACAUAUUGAUGAUUCUGUGAUGUUCAUGGUAGUUGGGCAGAUGGGAGAAGCAGCAGCUGUUCUGCAAGGACGUUUUGACUGGACCGUGUACUUAGGAGGUGGAGUGCAGACUGAAAGAGGAAUUGGAAGAAGUGGAGAUUAGUGUCAGUGCUCCAGCAUGAUCUGAUCUGAGAUCAGCUUCACCGUCUCUCUCAGGAUCAAGUGUAGUUAUUUUGCAACAGCUCUCCUGGCUAAUGGAGAACUGCAAUUCAUAUUUUCAUCAUAACUUUGAGUGUUGCCGUCUUCUGCUUCUUUUUUCUCUAGCAUUAGGAGUUUAUUUUCCCUUUUUCAUCUCACUUUCAUCCCCGUAGCUGCUUUGCUCCUACUUUUCUGAUUGAAGCAAUGUCCUCCAUAAAUCAAUAUUCUUGUAUCUGUCAUUACAAAGUAUACUUUACUUCUGUAUUUUAUCACCGUUUUAUGUCAUUGUCAUUUCAUUAAUAGAUGCAAGUUUCUGACUGGACAAACCAAUAAUUGGGUUAAUCAGAGAUUUGACAAAACAUUUCUGUAUUAGACUUGUGUGCAUGUCUUUACAAACUGCAAUGUGUUUUUAAACACUGGACUGUAAUGAUGGCAUGAACAAUUUUUGCUGACAUCACGUGUUGUCUGCUGUGAUGGCAUGUUUUUUUUCACAUUUCACAUGGUUGUUAAUAGGUUAUAGUAAAAUAAACCUACCAUUCCUCAAUCCAAAUGGUAUUUUCCUGUUUUAUUA